AAACCCCAAAAUCCGCAAGCAUUCAGUUUUCACAAAUCUCCCCCACAGGCAUUGUUGAAAGAGAAAGUCCGAACUGUUGGGGCGUUUCUUCAUCUGAAAAUGGAGAAAAUCAGGAGACCAUCCCAUGCUGGUUCAUGGUACACUGAUAAUCCCCAGAAACUGGAACAAGAGCUUGAUGGGUGGCUGAAGGAGUCUGGUUUGGCAAAGUCAUCUGAUGUACGAGGUGUGAUUGCCCCCCAUGCAGGCUAUUCAUAUUCAGGCCGUGCAGCGGCUUUUGCUUUUGGGAACAUAGAUCCAGCAACCAUUUCUCGGGUUUUCUUGCUUGGGCCAUCACACCACUAUUACACUCCAAAAUGCGCACUUUCAACAGCAUCAGUUUACAGGACUCCCAUAGGAGAUUUACCUAUUGAUAUGGAAGUCACUGAGGAGCUAAAAGCGUCAGGGAAGUUUGAGUUGAUGGAUCUCAGAAUUGAUGAGGCUGAGCAUAGCAUGGAAAUGCACCUCCCAUAUCUUGCUAAAAUUUUUCACGGGUAUGCAGUGAAAGUAGUUCCUAUUUUGGUGGGUUCUCUUAAUUCUCAAACUGAAGCUAUGUAUGGAGGAUUGCUGGCAAAAUAUGUGGAUGAUCCAAGAAAUUUCUUUUCAGUAUCUUCAGAUUUUUGUCACUGGGGUUCCCGAUUCAAUUUCACACAUUAUGACAAAACACAUGGAGAAAUUUACAAGUCAAUUGAAGCAUUGGAUAAAAAGGGUAUGGAUAUCAUAGAAACAGGAGAUCCAGAUGCAUUUAAACAGUACUUGUCAGAGACUCACAAUACCAUUUGCGGACGCCAUCCAAUCAGUGUUUUCCUUCAUAUGGCAAAGAACUGCUCGACAAAGAUAAAUAUUAAAUUCCUUCGCUACGAGCAGUCCAGCCAGUGCAGAAGCAUGAGGGACAGCAGUGUGAGCUAUGCAGCAGCGGCAGCAGCCGAAGUUGAUUGUUGAACUUGGAAGAACAUCACAUGCAUCUUCACUGGCCUAUCUAUCAUUGUUGAACUCUUGUUAAUAAAUGUUUGAUUACAAUGUUUGCAUAUCUUCUAGUUCAAACAAGUAGUAUUUGCUUUGUUUGGCUUUCAUACAUUGUUUCAUUGACCAAUGGGGAGUGGAAUGAAUGGAUCUGGAAGUGGAGAAAGAAUGUAGUGUUUCAGACAUUCAUUCAUUCUCAGCACUAUCUUAUGUAAUGAGUUCUCAGGUUGCAACGGUUUGUUAAGCACAUGUAAGCUUAACGACAAUACUGUAGCGAGAGAGAGUCUCUCGGGAGACUAAACAUAGCCACAAGUGGUGGUCAACCAAUGUAUAUCACUCUGUCUCAUCCCACGAAAUUGAUUGGCUCCCCAUUGUUGUUCUUUCUCUAUUUUCUCCUCUCUUGAUGCAAUUAUUUUUCCUUCCCCUUGAACCUAGUCCUCAACAUGUAGUGCAUCUAGGUACACUUCAAGUUCAUCGUAUUGCUUGAUUACCUUUUGAAUGAAAUAUCUCUAUGUUUGCUCUUCAUAAACUGGGAAAGGGCAUGAAGCGUCCUCAACAUGUAGUGCAUCUAGGUACACUUCAAGUUCAUCGUAUUGCUUGAUUACCUUUUGAAUGAAAUAUCUCUAUGUUU